GAGGUAACGAGCUACCAGUUGUCAAAUAACCAUGUGUACGACGUCCACGUGUAAUUGUGAACCCCGGCUGGCGCCCGGUUUCGAAAGUGUACCCAGGGUACGACUUGUACAUCCUGCCCACAUUCCAAAAUUCGGACUACAGCCGAACUUCCAACCCGACCUAUUGGCUGCUGUUACGGCAAAACAUAAGCAUAUGCUUGACUACGUGAAAGGCCUUGUUUCCCGCAUAUCACAAAAUAACACAAUUAAGACUCUGACUAGAUCAAAUCAACCAGCACAUGCCACGGCGUUAAUAGCACUCUGUUUUGUAUUCAGCUAUUUUUUUCGGUCUCAAACCACAACACCAAAGCCUUAUUCGACAUGCACCACAGUAAUAUAUUUGCUAUGCUUUGGGCUGAAAAUGGGAGCGCAGUUCUGGAUGACAUUCGUCUCCGGUUUAUCACUGUAUUUCUCACUUUCGAGGCAUGCCUUCGGAGAUGUACAGCGAGUGCUCUUCCCUAGGUACUUCACAUUCACUUGCAUCUUGAGCGCCUUGAACCUUAUUGCUUUCUCGAUGCUUCAUUCGCAUAUUCAGUGGCAAUACAGUCACUGGUUUCAGAUGUCUUUAAUAUCGACGUCUUUCAUACUGGAGCUCCUUGCUCGCCUGUAUGUUGCCCCAGACGUCAUCCGCCUCAUGGACACUAAAAAAGAGAUCGAGCUGACUGAGCCAGGCGUCGGCCAAGAAAUAGCAUCACACAAACCGGGAAGGCUACAGUACUGUCCACACUACAUGAUGAUACACUCGAGCUUCAGGAAGAAACACAGCAUCAUGGCGUUGGCGAAUAUAAUUUCAAUGUUAUGCACGUUCACACAGCUCUUUUACAUAGCUGGAUCUAUUAGUAUCCUCCCGGUUUAAAUUUAACUUUAUUAAAACAAUUUAAUUUUUAAAUAUUUAUUUUAAAUUCUCAAAGAGAAUAUUUGAAAACAUGAAAAAAAGGAAGAAAAAAUGAAUCUCACAUAUAAAAACUGCUUAUAUGAUAAUUUAAUCAUAACAUUAAAGUUCCUUUUUUUUAUUUAAACUAGUUCUGUUUCUAAUAAGUAUAUCGAUUUUUAUAGAAAUUAAAAAAUGAUAAAGAUUGUAUCUUUAUAUUCACCUGUGUGCAAAUGAUAUUAUUUAUUGUCAUGUGAUAACACAACUAAAAACAGUAUUAGCUAUUAUCGAUGGAUAAAUUAAAAAAAGUGUAAAUAUA